UCCUUUCACAAGGGAAACGUGUCCAGUUCGGAGAUAGGCGAGCUGGCCCAAUAGGAAAUUCUCAGGACAGAAUUAUGGAAAGACACACUUAAUUUCUACAGUGGAUAGAUGUCGUCAUUUUUCUUUACAGAAGAAAUGUGUGACCCAUAGUUUGCCAGAAGAGUUACUUUUGCUUGCAGUGAAAUGUGCCGCCGAAGCUUUGUGAUGGCUAGCUAGUUAGCCGUGAAUAAUUGCUUCCGUAGCUAUGAGCCAAACCAGAUAUAGGAACCGUGCCUCUUAGUUCCGCGAUAUAUUUUACGUUUUAUUUUAGAAAUGUAUGAAUGCCUAAUUAUCGUGGCAAUCUUUUGGCUCUGUUCUUAGCAACCAAAAAGACUGGCUCGUUUGCUCUCACGACAAAUGUAGUGUUAGCCUACUUAUUUGUUCCAUUUCGCCUUUAUGCUGUAGCAUAUUAUUUAGAUUGGGGUGUAGCUAUGUACAGAUCUGAAGAUGUAAGCACACAAUAGAACAGAAACAUACAAUUUCGUAUUACAUCGAAAAUACUAAGCUUUUCGGACACCUCAGAAAACCACUACCCUGGCUGCGAGGAUAAAGAGGUUUUGGAUGGGGCAUAUGCAGUGCGUCUCACAAACACCAGAGACCAGGACAGAGACUCCCAGGCUUCAGGGCCGGGGAAGGGUUCCAGGCAGCUCCAGACGCCCCACCCCAAGGCCCUCUGAUGUCCCUAUGAUUCUUCCAAACCUAAUUCCGGGGAAAUCCCUCGCCCCAAUCCGGCUGAAGGACCAGAGUCUGGAGCUGCGAAGGGGAGGGUCCACGGUGGAUGCCCCUCGAGUGGAGAGGGCGCUGGCCCACCUUCAGGAGUCUGGCUGGUACUGGGGCCCCAUCACUGCCACCGAGGCCAAAGAGCUGCUGAGUGAGGCUGACGAGGGCACCUUCCUGCUGCGCGACAGCUCCAACCCGGGGUACCUGCUCACGCUGUCGGUCCGGACCAGCCUGGGCCCCACACACCUGCGCAUCGAGUGGAGCGGGGGCCAGUUUGGCUUCGACUCGCUGGCCCUGGCGCGGCCGCGCCUGCGGAGGUUCGGGGGGGCGGUGGAGCUGGUGGAGCACUACGCCCUGGCCUGCAGUCACCCCCGCCCUGCCGGGCAGGAGGAGGAGGAGGACGCCCCCGACCGCUCCCUCCAGCUCAGACUCCUCCGACCGCUGCGCAGGGCCGCCCCCAGUCUGCAACACCUCUGCCGGAUCGCCAUCAACCAGCAUUCCCACACCCCCCGGGACCUGCCGCUACCAGGGAGACUAAAGGACUUCCUGCAGGAGUAUCCCUUUCUGCUGUAGAGCGAGCGCUACUGCAUUCUGGGAUGGCAUCCUUUUAUUAUCGUUAUCAUGGACCGUUUUAUUGGACUUCAGAUAACAUAUACUUUAUUGAACCCCAUGGGGUAAUUUGUCCUCUGCAUUUGACCCAUCCUAGUUACUGAGGAGCAGUGGGCAGCCACAAUGCAGCGUCCAACUCCAGUUCUGAGGUCAGUGUAGUGCCUUGGUCAAGGGCAACAGCAGGAGCACACUUAACCUGACAAACAUUGUUGUUCAGUGUUCGAGGAAACGGGAGUACCUGGAGUAAACCUAAACAUGCAAACUCCACACAGAGGGGAUCUGGCUGGUCAGACAGUGACGCGUGUGGAUUCUAUGGUUCUCUGCUGUUCUCUGAGCACACUGCCAAGCCCAGUCUUACUUCCUGUUCCUCUGGGUGCUGAACUGUCAGAUUGUUUCUGAAACCACAUGAUGGUAAUGACAAGAAAGACUCACUCUUCACGGUGAAUGAAGAGGCGUUAUCAAAACCUUUAUCACCUGUCAUUUUUAUAAUAUGGUGCACUUUGAUUUAUACAAUGUGACUGUAAGGCAUAAUGUGUUGCCAUUGUUCUUGUAUUCAAGAGUCGAUGGCUACCUACAUCCUGCUUGACAAAACUGAAUUAACCAUAAGGCAGGAUAAUAGAACCCACAGGCAGAAAGGUAUAAGUGAAGUAAAACAUUUGUUUGAUUAUGGGGCAUCUGUAUUGAAGAUGAGUCACUGCUGUUUUGUAAGGAAUACUAAACUGGCCAAAAUGGUAAUAAUAAAAUAUUGUGGAUUAUUACAA